UUUCGGAGCUAAUUGAAUCGAUUAUUUGAACAAAGCAAGCAAAUCGAAAAAAAGUCGACUACAUGUAAACUAAAGUCAAAAGUCGAUAGUCGAUUUACAGAUCCCUAUUCGGUGCUGACAGUUUUUGGAAGAACUCGUAAAAGAUUUCAACAUGGCUUUUGGUGAUUAUCCCGCUGAAUACAACCCCAAGGUACAUGGUCCUUAUGACCCAGCUCGCUAUUAUGGCAAAGCUGAUGUUCCCUUCGGUCAAGUAAAAUUGGGUGAAUUGGGAGCCUGGUUCGGUCGUCGCAACAAGACCCCCAGUGCCAUUGCUGGUGCCUUCAGUCGUGCCUGGUGGCGUUGGAAUCACAAGUACGUUCAACCCAAACGUGCUGGAAUUGCUCCAUUCUUCCAACUCACUGCCGCCGCUAUGACAUUCUUCUAUGCCAUCAACUACGGCAAGAUGAGACACCACAGAAAUUACAAAUACCAUUAAACUGGACGUCGAGAACUUUGCAACACAACUUUUCCCACGUUUGACAUGGGAUAAAGUGAGUUCUGAAUUCGUAUUGCAUUGUGUUAUUCCGAAUAACUGUCAUCAGCUGAUGUUUUUAUCGUAUUCAAAUGUUUAAAAAAUAAAUCAUAAAAUUCUUAUAGAAGAAAAAUAAUUAAAAAACUAAAAUAAAAA